AUGGAGACGAGCACUGCCACCUUAGAAGAAGCUGCUGGCUGGAGCAGGAGGAACCUGAUUGGUCUGUUCACUGCAGGAGAGUCACAUGACGCGUUAAACGCCUCCUUUAAUGAGAGUCUGGAGAAGAAAACCCGGUUCACUAAGAACGCUGAUGAACACCUGCUGGUGAAGUGGACGAUGGAGGUCCUGUGUUAUGGUCUUACUCUCCCAUUGGACAGAGACACAGUCAAACUCUGUGUGGACGUCUACACUGAUUGGCUGAUGGCCUUGGGUUCCCCGAAAGACUCCACCCCUCCACCAAUCAGCAGAGAGCCCAACCUGUAUGUGCAGAAGAUCCUGCGACACCUGUCCAGUCUGUUUCUGUCCAGGUGGGACCAGCAGAGUCCGGUCUACCUGUCGCUCUGUCAGCAGGUGCUGCAUGCCGUUCAGUCACUGGCCAGAGAGAACGCUACCAUGAGCAGAGAUACCUGGGAGACUCUGCUGCACUUCCUGCUCCACAUCAACCAUGCCAUGCUGGCUCCACCCACUGCUGCAGGCGGUGUUGUCUCGGACCUGUCUGUGGCGGUGCUCCUUGAGGUUUGGCUGCUGUCUUGCGCUCGCUGUUUUCCGUCUCGCUCUCUGUGGCAGAUGUGCAGACAGAUGUUGAGCAGCUGGAGGCAUCAGGCUGCAGUGGUGCAGCAGUGGAGCCGCGUCGUUGCAGCUUUAACCUCCAGGCUGCUGCUGCUGAACUUCGGUCCGUCCUUCCCUCCAUUUAAAGUCCCAGAUGAAGAUGCUGCUCUGAUACCUGCUGACCUGGACGACGAGCGAAUCCCUCACACCUGGUUCAGGUUCCUGCACCUGUUCAGUAACCCGGUGGAGCUUGUUGGUGACUCGCUGGAUGAAGCGUUCAGAGGAGACGUUCAGCUGCCAAAAAUCUUCUUCAGAGCCAUAAAAGGCAUCAGCUUGCUGGUCGACGCCUUCCUGGGUGUCCAGGUGAGCUCUGAUUGGCUGGCCAUGGACCAAUCACUGUCCGGUGGGGCGGCUCAUGUGAGCGUGCUCAGUUGUUUCCCACCUUCUGUGGGCAGAGAUGUUGCCGUCGCCGUGGUGAAGCCCCUGGCAGCCGGCCUGGGAAACCCCAACAUCUGCAGCCUGCUGCGCACCGAAAGACAG